GCGCGAAUGUCGCACUGGCGACGUGUCAUUCUCACUUAGCUACUCCUCCGUCUGUAAUUUCUCCAUCGAAAAUGGGUGCCAGUGAUAAAAUGCUAGGAGGGAUGAUGCUGCUCACCGCAGCUUUGGUAUUUACUUACUAUACAACAUGGGCUAUUCUGCUGCCCUUUUUCGAUUCUUCAAGUGCUUUGCACGGCUACUUCCCAGCUCGAGAAUGGGCUAUUCAAUUGCCUCUCUUCGUCCUCAUUGUCGGUCUUUCUGCAAUCGGAUUUUUUGUCGGGUUCACUAUCAUGAAAGAAAAGCGAAAAGCAGCCCAGAAAAUUCGUUUACGAACAGCCUAAAGAGCGAAUAUGUCCGUCUAACUUCAUUAUGUAUACCAUGAUCCUAUUAUAAUAAUAUAUCCAUUAUCUAUUAC